GUAGAUGGUGCCUUGAUGGUGCUGAUGCUGCGGUGUGCAGGUCCCAAACCGGCCAGGAAGGUAUCCAUCUGGUGUGUGCGUCUCCCUGGGAAAGGCCGUUCUCGAAUUGAGUUCUGCCUUCUGUUGCUGUUAGAAAGUAACCAGAGAUCCCGUUGGAGCAGCAGCUGCAGGACCAUCCAGGAGAGCAGUAGCUAUGUCUUCCAGUUCAGCAAUGGCUCGGAUCCUGAUAAAGGGUGGUAAAGUGGUGAACGACGACUGCACCCUGGAGGCCGACGUCUACAUCGAGAACGGCAUCAUCCAGCAGGUGGGGAAGGAGCUGAUGAUUCCUGGAGGGGCCAAAGUGAUCGAUGCCUCGGGGAAACUGGUGCUGCCUGGGGGCAUCGACACCAGCGUCCACCUGGAGGAGACCUUCAUGAAUGCUGUGACAGCAGAUGAUUUCUACAGUGGCACCAAGGCUGCUUUAGCUGGAGGGACUACGAUGGUGAUCGGACACGUUCUGCCCGAGAAAAACGAGUCUCUGCUGGAAGCUUACGAGAAGUGUCGUAGCUCGGCGGACUCCAAAAGCUGCUGUGACUACGCUCUGCACGUCGGAGUCACGUGGUGGGGACCCAAGGUGCAAGCUGAGAUGGAGAAGCUUGUGAGGGAGAAAGGAGUGAAUUCCUUCCAGAUGUUCAUGGCCUAUAAGGAGUCGUUCAUGCUGAGGGAUCGGGAGCUCUUCCAGGCUCUGCUCCACUGUAAGGACAUCGGUGCUGUCGCACGGGUCCACGCUGAGAAUGGCGAGCUGGUGGGAGAGGGUGCAAAGGAAGCGUUAGACCUGGGCAUCAGCGGCCCUGAGGGGAUUGAAAUCAGCCGGCCUGAAGAGCUGGAAGCAGAGGCAACCCACAGGGCCAUUACAAUCGCCAACAGGGCUCACUGCCCAAUUUAUCUUGUCAGCGUUUCCAGCAUGUCUGCAGGAGAUGUUGUAGCUUCAGCCAAAAUGCAAGGUAAGGUUGUCCAUGGGGAGACAACCACGGCCCACACUGUCCUGACUGGCAUGCAGUACUACCACCAGGACUGGUCUCACGCUGCUGCUCACGUCACUGUGCCUCCUCUCCGUCUGGAUCCCAACACUCCAAACUUCCUAAUGAGUUUGCUUGGAAAUGACACGUUGAACGUUCUGGCGUCUGACCACCGUCCAUUCACCAUCAAACAGAAAGCAAUGGGCAAGGAUGAUUUCACAAAGAUUCCGCAUGGACUUCCUGGAAUUCAGGACCGUAUGAGUGUGAUCUGGGAGAAAGGAGUGAUUGGAGGUAAAAUAGAUGAGAAUCGCUUUGUUGCAAUCACGAGCUCAAAUGCAGCCAAGAUCUACAACCUCUACCCCCAGAAGGGCAGGAUCAUCCCCGGAGCAGAUGCUGAUGUGGUGGUCUGGGACCCCGAGGGAUCCAAGACUAUUUCAGUGGAAAACCAGUUCCAGGGAGGAGAUAUAAACUUAUAUGAAGGUCUCCGUUGUCAUGGCGUUCCCCUGGUUACCAUCAGCCGUGGACGUUUGGUGUAUGAAAAUGGCAUGUUCACAUGUGCCGAAGGUUCUGGAAAGUUCUGCCCUUUGAGGACUUUCCCAGAUCACCUCUACAAGAAGAUGGUUCAGAGGGAAAAGAGCCAGGCGGUAAAAGCAGUCGAGAGAGAACCUUACACAGGGGACGUUGUUGCCAUGGUGAAUUCAGGGAGGAGGGAUCAGGGAGCUUCAGAUUUGGACACCCCAACACGCCCCUGCACCCGGCACGGGGGGGUCAGGGACCUCCAUGAGUCCAGCUUCAGCCUGUCUGGUGCUCAGAUCGAUGACAACAUUCCAAAGAGAUCCUCGGCUCGGAUCCUGGCUCCUCCUGGAGGAAGAUCCAGUGGGAUCUGGUAAAUAGUCAGACGGCUGCGACAUGAGGACGAAGAAAGAAGGCUGAGGAAAAUGAGUUGUCCAUGCAAGAAAGCUUGUUUUUAUUUAUAUAUUUUUUUGUUUAUUUUAACGAUUUGUUUUUAAACAAAGCAGUUAUUUAGUACUGUGAAUCAGUAAUCAUAAUAAUACAGAAUUACACGAAAACAUUUGUCUAGUGGUAUUAGCUCCCAAAUGUCAUUCAGAUAUGAGCACCCGAUGAAAACAAGCUGCCGUGGAUUUACUUUGGUUUUGGGAUCAUGUUAUGAUGCAAUUGUGUUACCUCACUGUACAAUACAACUUUGCACUUGUAUCGUGUACUAUUUAGAUGCCUUUUUCCAUAAUUUUGCAUCAAAAAAUGUCUUUCUGCUGCGAGCCAUGGUGAAUGAAACGUGAUUUCUGGGAUGAGGAAGUGGCUUUGAUAUGUCAGGAAUUAAAUAUGUUGUUAUUGAUGAAGAAAAUAAGCCAAGCUUUUCUUUUUAUAUAGUUUUGUUUAUGUUUAUUUAUGUUACUGAGUUCAUAAAGAAGAACGAGGUCUCCCUUUAGUGAUUCACCACUGUCAGAUUUGCAUUUCCGAUCUUGUUUACACAAAUAAAGCAGAAUGAGUUUCUUUUCCAGCCCUCGACAUGUGAAUGAGCCUCAGCUGUGACUUCUCAUCUAGGACGAUUUCAAAUAAAACUACUUAAUCAAGCACAACUGCUUUCUUAGAAAUAUAAUCUUCUCAAAGAGCAAAACAAAUUUUCACAACCAAAACCCUUAAAGAUUAGUAAUCUUAAUAGAUUACAACAUGUUGUCAUUUCUCCGUCAUGUUUCGGGGUGUAAAUGUUCUGAUUGUAGCAGACCACUGUGAAGGAUAAACCGAGACGUUAGUUCAUGGAUCAAAUACCUUCUGAUGCUGAAAGUUUGUUUAGAAACAGGAAAAUGUUUCAGUUUCUGUUUUCUUUGUCAUUUUGACUUAAUUUAAAUUCACAUGUGAAUAAAUGUCUCACAACCCUUUAGCUUUAGUACACCCUGUAGCGUCUGCCCCCUUCAAACGUACUUUGGUGCUGAACAAUGUGUCGUCACAUUGAAUUUCUUUAUCUCGGGUUUGUUUCCCCUGCAACUCUUCAUCACAUGAUUUAAGUGCAAAUAAACCACAAUGAAAUCAGA